AUGUUGGAAGCAGUUAGAAGUGGCCUUAGGGAGAGACAAUUUCAGAAGUUAAAACAUGUUGAAAGUGUGUCUGAUGUGUUAACACCUGCUGUUAGAAAAAAAGUUGAAAAAUUGAAGAGUUUGGCUAGGUUCUGUACAGCUCACCCUGGGCUAGGGGGUAAGUUUGAGGUUGAGAACAAGGAUGAUAGAUUCAUAGUUUCUUUACCUGAAAGAAACUGCAGCUGUAGAGUUUGGGAGCUCACUGGCAUUCCAUGUAUCCAUGCCAUUUCUGCUAUCCAUUUCAUGAAGGAAGAUCCAGCCAAUUAUGUCCACAAGUACCUGACUACUGAGACCUACUUGAAAGCAUAUUCAUAUCCAUUGGAGCCAAUAAAUGGUGAAAGACAAUGGCCCAAGGCAGUAGGCUAUCCAGUUCAACCUCCACAAGUGAGGGUGAUGCCUGGGAGGCCAAAGAAGAAAAGGAGAAGGGAUCAGGAUGAGAAGGAUCCCAAAAAUCCUUCUAGACUGACUAGGGCAGGGACUGUUAUGACAUGCCAAAAUUGUUUUCAGUUAGGUCACAAUUCCAGAGGGUGCAAGAAUGAGACUGUGGAGAAAGAGAAGCCAGAAAAGAGAAAGCCAGGAAGACCAAGGAAACACCCUAUGCCAGAUGAUGAUGUGAACUCAGGUGGAGCAAGUAAGAGUAAGAAGAAGAGUAAGAGUAAGACCCUAGCUAUGGAACGAGCACAGGCAUCAAAGGGUGUAGGGCACUUUGUGGGAGAGGAGACAGGAAACUCUUACAUUUGCUCUGGGAGUAUAGUGCAUCAAGUACCAAGAGGGGAAGAACUAUCAUCUCAAGUGCCAACCCAACAAUCCCAAACCAAGAACUGACUGUUGAAGCUGUCCUUAUUUUGAAGUGGUUUUAAAUGUCCAAAGUUAGCUCAGAAACUUGUUUUUGAAGUUCAAACUUA